AUGGAGGAGAGAGAUUCAAAAGCAGAGGACUGGUGCUUCGUCUGCAAGGAUGGCGGAGAUUUGAUUCUCUGCAACAAUGGCAACUGCUCAAAGGUGUACCAUCUCGAAUGCCUCGGUCUCGACUCCGACUACCAUUGCCCAACCCCAACCACCUCUCUUAUUCAAGAAGACUGGACUUGCGAUUGCCAUCAUUGUUCUUCCUGUAAAGAAGCCUCCGAGUUUCACUGCUUCUGUUGCCCAACCUCUUUCUGCAACAACUGUAUCGAAUCUGUCAAGUUUAUCCACUUGCGACCCAGCAAAGGCCUCUGUUCAGACUGCUGGACUCUCGUUCGUCUUGCUGAGAAACUUUCAUUCUCCAAGAAAGCUGUGGAUUUCGAAGACAGAGAUACACACGAGUGCCUGUUUAAAGAGUAUUGGGACAUUGUCAAACAAGAAGAAGGGAUAAGCAGGCACGAUCUCGUCGCUGUGGAACAAACCCGUUCCUCCAACAAGGCCAGAAGCCGGAUGAAGGGCUUCAUCCCAACGCCAACGCCAACGCCAACGCCAAAGCGGCUGCCCAAUACUCUUCAACAUGAACACACCAACUCCAAGUCCAAGUCCAAGUCCAAGCCCAAUAAUAAUAAUACACACAAAUUCUUGGGUUGGGGUUCCAAACCUCUCAUUGAAUUUCUCACUUCCUUUGGCGUGGAUUCAACCAAGCAGCUAUCUCCAUCCGAAGUGAGCUCCAUCAUCUUGAAGUACGUUCAACAGAAUGACCUUAUCCAUCCCAUAAAUAACAAGAAAGUCAUCUGUGACAGACUUCUGCAUCUCAUUUUCAAGAAGAACACUAUAUCUAUGAAGCACAUUGAUCUUCUCUUGGGGCCACAUUUUUUUCACGACAAUAAUGAAAAUCAUGGCAUUGGGGACAACAGAUCACGUUCUGAACCGGACCAACCACAAAUUAACGGGGAUACUGCUUUGAACAAGCACUACAAAACAUCGAACUGCUCUCAGGACAAACCAACCUUUGCAUCAGUGGUUCCCCAUAACAUCAAUCUCGUUUACUUGAGGAGGAGCUUAGUGGAGGAUCUUCUAAAACAACCUGAAAGCUUCGAGGACAAGGUGGUGGGAAGUUUUGUUAAGAUCAUGGACACAAAUUCCAGCCAACUUCAAUCUAAAGGGAGAAUUUCUCAACGGCUCUUGCAAGUUACAGCUGUGAGCAAAAUGUCAAGCAGAGAUGGAAAGAGUGUUGUGUUGCAUGUUUGGAGGUUGCCCAAUAUUCCAAUUUCCAUGCUCUCUGAUUCUGACUUAACUGAGGAAGAUUGCCGGGAUCUCAAGGAAAAGAUGGAGAAGGGUCUACUCCAGAGACCCACUGUUGAAGAGAUUGAAAACAAGGCUCGGAUUCUUCAUCAGGACAUCAGGAAGAACUGGAUGGAGAAAGAGCUAGUGAACUUGCAAAACCUCAUUGAUCGCGCAAAUGAGAAGGGUCGAAGAAGCGAAUAUCCUUUUAAACAUUAG